UCGACGGAGAGGGCUACGCGUUGUGAAGGAGGCUGAGGUCGUCAUCCCCUCUUGUGCUGCUUGGAAAUUUCCACUCUAUCGGCGUUAUUCGUUGUCUUGCAGAUUUUUUUGCCGGGUAUUUGCGCGAGAUUUUCGAAUCCGUCUUUACCCUGCUUGGACGAUGCAGCCAGCCACCAUUUCUUCGCCAGUAUCUGAUAAGGCCCCUGCCUUCGCUACGUCUAGUGUGUUGGUUUCAAUCGGUGCCCAAGGGUCAGUGCUUUUUGCGAUCACAGUUAUACUUGUAUACCCUAUGAACUGCACUGUACGUGCAUGCCCGAGUGCGAACAGCUGGUUUUGUGGGUCGAUGGUCUGGCACCUCAGCGAGUCUGUGGUUGCGGAUUGCGGCGUAUGUACCUGGAGCUGGUGGGUUAGCGUACGAGGAUGGCAGGCUUCAUUGUUUUAUGAAGUGGUGAAUUUUUGUUUUCUGACUCUUUGCGAGUUAUUGUUGGGCUGGUUUGCUACUUUUGGCAUUUUAUGGUGCGUUCGUAACGAUUUAAACAUUCUUCUACGCUCAUUGUUGACAGGUUUUCUUUGUAGUGAUGGACGGUUUUAGCAUGUCCUGUCUCGCCGGCUCACUUUAAUGUGUUCCAGCCACGGAUAUUGGUGCAUACAUCCUUCUGCUGAUAUUUUCGUCUCAGGUAGGAUUCGGGGGUUGUAC